UUUCGAUUUUCAUCAAUGACUAUUGCAUAAUUUUAAGAUAAAUAAAGAAUCGGAUGGAGUAGAACUAGAAAAUGGAUGUUUUAUGCAGGACUAAUUCUGAUUGGAGUUGAGAUAUAAGGUAACUAUUGGAAUACAGAAAUAUUGUAUACUUUUAAUUAGAAUCCUUAAAAUUUAGAAAUUAUAUAAUAAUGUCCAAGUUUAAGAUAGGUAAAUUGAUAUAAUUAAUUUAGGGUGUUUAUAAGCCAACAAUUUAUUUGUAAACAGCUUUUUUAUAAAGUUUAUAUGGAAGUAAAUUUGAUCCUGUACCAUAUGUUCCAAUGACUCGUAUAGAAAUACCAGUUGAAAAUGGAUAAAUUACAAUAGAUUCUUUGGCUGUUAAUCAAAAAUUUUUGAGAUCUGAUAAAAGUGAGAAUCCAAAUUAAAAAACUUUAAUAAUUUUACAUGGAUUGACAGGAGCAAGUGAAUGUAAUUACAUUAGACAUACUGUAUUAUAUGCAAAUCGAAAGGGUUUUAGAGUUUAUUGUAUAAAUAUGAGAGGUUAUGCUAACUCAAAAAUGUUAUCAGGAUAGCCUACAGAUUAUUCUAAAUUAGAUGAUUUAUUAGCUGGAGUAAAUUAUAUUAAAUCAUAAAAUCCUGAUGCUCCUUUGUAUAUGUUAGGAUUUUCUAUGGGUUCUUUACAAAUAGUGAAAUUUCUAGGAAAAUACAAAGAUGUUAUUAAAGGAGCUGUGGCUAUUAGUUGUCCUUGGGAUAUUUAUACUUUAUCGUAAGAAAUUAAGAAACCUUCUAAAUUUAUUUAUAAUAUGGCAAUUACUAAAAACUUUAUUAGAAAUAUGAAAUGGAAUAUUGAUUUAUAUUAAAAAGCUGGUAUUGAUGUAGGUAUUAUAAUUUAAAUAUUUUAUAUUUUAGAAUAAGCUUAGAAAUGUUAUAGAAUUUAAGAUUUUGAUGAAAUAGUGACUAAAAGAUUGUUA